CCCACACACGUGACUGAUCACAUGACAUGACAUCAUGAAAGGUCCUAUAGCUCAGUAGGAUGUGUGUUGUCCUUUGGUAGAGUUGCAGUAUGUGUGCUAUGAGGGACGUGCUAUGCAGAUGCACCGGGGCCGCAGGGGUCCUACUGCGCUCCCACCCACUAUCUGCUGGAAAACUGGGUUGGGUAAGAGCAGGUAGCAAUAUCCCAACUCAAGGUAGCGGCUCUACAAAGCCACCCUUAAAGAAACCAAAGACACCUCAAGGACGUUUGGAUGAAACGGAACAAGCUGCUACAGAGAGAGAACCACUAGAAAGAUUUCCAGAUGGUAUCAACCCUAUUACAAAAGAGAAAGGUGGCCCUAGGGGACCAGAACCUACUCGCUAUGGAGACUGGGAGAGAAAGGGGAGAUGUAUAGACUUCUAGUACCAGUAAUAAAUGUGUAAUGGUUAAUGGCAGCAUUAUAUAUGUCAGCACCAACAAUCAAACAAUAACAUGUGAAAAAUGUAUAGAUUAAAUGUAGAACAAUAAACGACUUAUUACAACUUGA